GAACCAACUGAAAAUGUCUCAGAAUCCUGACAAGCUGCACUCAAGUGAAGAAAGGCUGAGUGGUUUGGAGGAUGGUCAAGAGGAGAACUCAGACAACCCGGAUCAGUCUGUCCGGAAAAGGAUACGGCAGAGCGCUCACAGAGAUGACACACCCAAGUCCAGUCCUCCUCGGCCUGUGUCCAUAGAGGAGCUCAUGGAAACAGCCAAGGGAGUCACCAACAUGGCAUUAGCACACGAGAUUGUUGUCAAUGGAGACUUCCAGAUUAAACCAGCUGAGUUACCAGAACACAGCUUGGAAAAGAAAGUAAGAGACAUUGUGCAUAAAGCUUUCUGGGAUUGUCUGGAAGCUCAAUUAAAGGAAGAUCCACCAACAUAUGAUCAUGCAAUUAAACUGUUGGGAGAAAUUAAAGAGAAUCUCCUGUCUUUCUUGUUGCCUGGUCAUACUAGACUGAGAAACCAGAUUACAGAAGUUCUUGAUCUGGAUUUGAUAAAACAGGAGGCAGAAAACGGGGCCCUUGACAUUUCUAAGUUGGUCAAAUUUGUUAUUGGGAUGAUGGGGACUCUCUGUGCUCCAGCUCGAGAUGAAGAAAUUAAGAAACUGAAUGAUAUUCAUGAAAUAGUUCCUCUGUUCAGAGCCAUUUUCUCUGUAUUAGACCUAAUGAAAAUGGAUAUGGCAAACUUCGCUGUCAGUAGUAUUAGGCCAAAAUUAAUGCAGCAGUCUGCUGAAUAUGAAAGAAAGAAGUUUCAGGAGUUUCUUGAGAAACAGCCAAAUUCUUUAGACCUUGUCACCAAGUGGUUGCAAGAAGCAGCAGAUGAUCUUGCAAAGCUGGGACAUGAAAUGUUGCCUCCCCACUCUAAUGAUGGUGCUACUGGUGGAGCCUCCACCUUGUGCUUCGCUGCUGUACAAAAUCAGGCCUAUCUGAAGCUCCUGAAGUGGGAUCAUGUGAACAGACCUUUUCCAGAAACAGUGCUCAUGGACCAGACCCGCUUCCUGGAAAUAAAGCUGGAGCUGGAGCAGCUCCUCCUGGUUGGGACAGUGCUCCUGGUCACGUUCAGUGCAGCAGGCCCAGCACUCGUUGAUGUGCCUGGAUUUGCGGAGAAAAUCAAAACCAUUGUCAAGGUGCUGCUGACGGGAACGCAUCUUCCCUCCUUUAACCUGAAGGAAUCUCUGGCCACCAUCGGGGAGAAGGUGUGUGCUGAAGUGAACAGCUGCCUUUCCCAGCACGGCUUUACACCGUUCUCAGCAGAGAGAGAGACUGUGCUUAAAGGGCAGAUCCAAGCAGUGGCCAAUCCAGACAACACCAUCUGCAGGCUCAUAGAUUCUCGAAUUCAGAAGUUUCUGGAGAAUUAUCUUGCAUCCAGUCACCAGAAAACACUACCUGCUAUCCCUGGAGGGUUGGGCCCUAUCCAAAGAGAGCUGGAAGAGGUUGCUGCCAAGUACGUUCGUCUCGUCAACUACAACAAAAUGGUCUUCAGCCCUUACUACGAUGCAGUCCUUGGCAAAAUACUGACUAAGGAAGAAUCCCAAAGAGUAGGGAAGCCAGAAGAGUCAUAAACCCAGUUUGUGUGCUACCAAUACGGUAUUGUCAGCUAUUAAAUAAAAAUUGUACCAAUAUUUGUCUAGGAAAACAGCUUCCCGUGUAAAUACUGGUUCCUUCUAAUUCACGAGUGAUGGUUGAUGAAGGAAAUACACGAGGUGCAAAAGGGGUUCUGAAGUCAAUGAUGAGAGAUGCAUUUUCAAUGUAAGGAUGCAACCUAGGGGGGAAUAUCAUGGUAGUUUUCUGGCUGUAAUUUUUACAUUUUGGAGCUGAUUCUAGGUAGGGCAAGUUUAAGAACAAAACUUCCUAUUUAAGUGGCUCAUUUUAGGGCAUUCAACUCUUAAUUUACAGUGAAUUUAGUUUAAUUAAUCCAGGGCAGUUUAGCAAUGGUUCUUCCCAGAAGGGGUGAUAUGGUUUUAAAAAAAUCUUACUUUAAAGAAUUAAGAAAGCUAAAAUUCUAGAUAAGAGGAACUUCAACAGACACAAAACCAACCCAAACAGCACUUUAUUGUAACAUUAUGGUCACUAUGGUAGGCUACUAGUUUUUUCUGCAUUUUACUGCAUUUUUAAUAGCAUUUUUUUGCUGUUUACCUGCAGAUGUUACAAAACAUAAUAUAUUUUUGUAGUAAAUUUUCUGGUUAUUGGGUAACUGUCCUCUGCUAUGUACAGUACUUACAAAGGUGGCAAUCUUAUAGAUUGCAGCUGUAUUUAUCUCUUGUAAAGACUUAAGAAGGGCAGAGCUAAAAUGUUUUGAUAAAAGUGGUAUUUCUUACCUUGUUUUGCUAGUAGUUUCCUCCUUUUUAUGUGAGAUAGUAAUUUUAAAGUAAAUCUGUGUCACUUUCAGAAGGUGGAUUUAAAGUGUGAAACUUCAGGCUGGAAAGUUUACCUUUUUUUUAAAAAAAAACUACAACAGGAGACGGUUGCAUAUUCAAUCAUGUCUUCAAAACUAGCUAGGAAGUGCAGAGCACUCUGGGCAGUAUAAGUGAUUUAUAAUGUAGCGUGAGAGGUGAAUGACUUAGUUUGAAUAUACAGGGAAUAUUUUCAGUAGAUUUUUUUCACAUUGUAGAGGUGUUCUUGGAACUUAGAAUAUUUGUAGGCCUUGAAUUUCAUUGGCUAUGUGUUGUGUAGAUGAGUGUUCUCAGAAGAGCUCAGUGACCUUACAGCCUCAUUGCAGCUUCAGACUCAGCUGGGAGGUAAGUGCAUCUGAAAUUUCCCUCUAGUUGAGCACAACAGUGUAUUGCAGUAAUGAAUAUUGGAUGGUUUUAGGAAAGCAAAGUUCAUAGCUAUAAACAGUAAGUGGUCCAAGUACUAAGCUAUCCAAGCCAGAAUGUCUUUAAAAAAAAAGAAAAUAACCAACAAGGGAUGUAA